AUGAUCUCGUCAAUAUAUGAAUAUGGGGCUGCAGCAGCAAAAAAUGCAACAAUUGCUGCUUUGGUUCGUGGUCCAAUCCCACGACAUGUCGGGUUCAUCUUGGAUGGCAAUCGACGUUUUGCACGAAAAGUGGGUGCUUCCAACACAAAAUUCGGUCAUUACGAAGGAUUCAAACAUUUAAAAACGUCGGUCACUGUGUUUGCGUUCAGUAUCGAAAAUUUCAAACGAUCGGAAGAGGAAGUGGCCUAUUUAAUGCAAUUGUUCCGUGAAGCGUUUGCAAUCUUUUCGGAAAAGAAUGAGUUGGUUGAUGAGUACCAAAUCGGCAUUCGAGUAUGCGGUCACCUUAGCUAUUUGCCACCAGAUGUCGCAGAAUUAGCACACAAGGUCAUGGACCGGACAAAACAUAAUACAGCACGAUACUUUAAUAUUUGCUGCCCAUAUACCUCACGAGACGAAAUGACCACGGCCAUCAAGGAAAAUGUACGGCUUGUAGAACAAAAUAAAAUGAGCAUAAAUGACAUUACUGAGGAAUCGAUACACAAUCAUUUGUAUACCUCAGCAAGUCCCCCUUUAGAUAUCCUUGUACGCACAUCUGGUGAAAUAAGACUCAGUGACUUCUUGCUCUGGCAGGCGAGCGAUCAGUGUCAAAUUCAACUUUUAAACUGCUUUUGGCCAGAACUUACGUUCUGGAAAUUCUUGCCCAUACUACUGGAAUACCAAAUAUAUCACAGUGCAUCAUCACGUAGCAAUAAUAACAACACUACUAAUAAUACUACGGCCAUCGAAAUAAAAUGACCAAGCAACACUACUUGCUACCCACGCACGAAUACACUAUCCACAUGCUAUAUACUGAUAUAAAGCUUGCUACGACAAACUCUGUGCUGUGUUCACAAUACGUGGUAGAGAAACUAUUUAUGUCAUUAUACAAUAUUGACAGAAAAUAAUUCGUUUUAAAUGAUUUCUCUGCAUUGUAAUAUGGAGGGC